GACAUCAGGUGACUGUAAGUCAUUCUUAACCGAAUGACACUGUGAUGAUCAACUCUUAGAAACACUACAGAGAUCUCUGGAAUAGCAACCUUAUUAAAACAGCACCGGUUUCACAUCAAUAUUCAGGGUUCGUUUUAUAUUAAUAAUGAGGACAAUGAUCAUGUUUAUUAUUUUGUGUGUCUGCAUUCUGACUGUAAAUGGUGUGUUUGGUGAUGAAGUGAAGUCAGUGUCAGUGGUGGAGGGAGAUUCUGUUAUUCUGUACACUGAUACUGUGAAACAGACAGAUGAUGUGAUCAUGUGGUAUUAUGGACCUAACAACACUCUUGUUGCAAGAAUCAAUGGAAAGGCCAGUACCAACAAGUUAGCUAAAGAUGAAAGAUUUAAAGACAGAGUGAAGCUGGAUGAUCGGACAGGAGAUCUCAUCAUCACAAACACCACAACUCAACACACUGGACUUUAUACACUAGACACUAUCAGCAGAAACAAGAAAAUCAAAGAUAAGAAAUUCAAUGUUACUGUAUAUGCUCACCUGCCGGUUCCUGUCAUUAGCAGUAACUCAUCACAAUGUUCUUCAUCAUCAUCAUCAUCAUCAAGAUGUGUGUUAUUGUGUUCAGUGAUGAAUGUGAGAGAUGUGAGUCUGUCCUGGUAUAAAGGAAACAGUUUAUUGUCCAGCAUCAGUGUGUCUGAUCUCAACAUCAGACUCUCUCUACCUCUGGAGGUUGAAUAUCAGGAUACAAACACAUACAGCUGUGUACUCAACAAUACCAUCACAAAACAAACUCAACUUCUCAACAUAACUCAACUCUGUCAGAUGUGUUCAGGUACCACAGAUACACUUCUGAUCAUUCUGAUCUGUUGUGGUGUUGGUGUAAGUCUGAUGAUUCUAGCUGGAGUUCCGUUCUUCUGUGUCUACAGAAAACACAAAGCAGGUUUCAUGAAAGCUACAACAAAUUAUUCAGAUGAAGAGAGCAGCACAAACUCCAGCAGCACGUUUGAGGAUGGAGAAGCUUCAAGGUUUAUGAAUGAACAACAGAAAAGUGACAUGCAUGAGUUGCCUGAUUGAAGCUUAAGAAAAUGCAGGCUGUCUCUCAAUCAGUUCUCUUGUUUAGUAAUCAGGGUACCGAUCAGAGAUUUGGCCUCACUUUCAAAAUCAUUCCAGUGCACAAAAACAUUGAUGCUCUCAUUGGAUACAUCCAAAAGCUUAGGUAGCUUACUGGUAUUGCUGUUGUAAGAUGUCAAACGGUGCUCUAGCGACAGACACUAGAGGUCAUGGCCUUUAAUCUCCUUAAGGCAUUCAGACCAGCAGCGACUAGUAGUAGCAGAGCGACACGAUCUCAUUGAUUUCAAAGGAAGCUCAGUGACACAAGCGACAGUAGCUUACCAUUGGCAUCUAAAUGGGUGUGUCCAGUUGUGAAAGUUGAGAAAGGUUUAACUUUAUGCAAAUUAGCACCUGCCCCCAUGCAAGACUGUUUAAAUCUUUCCCGUUUACAGUGGUGCCAUCACAUGGAUAGGAGUAAGUUUUGGGGGGUGAGUUUCUGUGAGCUGUGCAGUGAGUAAACCUGACAGAAUGGCAAAACUUGAUUUUCAGUAGUGUAUUUUAGUGCACUUGAAGUUUAAAAAAAAGUUUACUAUUUAGACUUGAAGUGUUGUCAAAUAGAUGUUUUAAAGCUUAUUUUUAAUAGAAUAAUAAAAGGGGUUAGCGAUACUGAGCCUUCACGUGGCAACCCUGUUUUGACUAAUUUUACAGUACCACGCCAUUUAAAUUAUUUUGGUAACACUUUAUUAUAAUGUUCAUUAGUUAACAUUAGUUAAUGUAUUAACUAACAUGAACAAACCAUGAGCUAUACAUUUGUUACAGUAUUUAUUAAUCUUUGUUAAUGUUAGUUAAUAGAAAUAAAGCUGUUCAGUGUUUGUUCAUGUUAGUUCAUGGUGCAUUAACUAACGUUAACCAAAUGUUAAUAAAGUAUUAGUAAUUGUUUAAAUUAACAUUAAUAAAGAUUAAUAAAUGCUGUAUAAGUGCAGUUCAUCAUUAGUUCAUGUUAACUAAUGUAGUUAACUAAUGUUAACUAAUGAACAUUAUUUUAAAGUGUUACCAUUAUUUUUUUAUUGGAAUCAAAAGAAUGGUUAACUACAGAAACCAACAACACUAGGCAAAACGAUUAAGGUGAAAUAUACAAUUACUUAGGGAAAAUUGUACUUGCUUUUCUCAAAAUACAUUGCUUGUAACCAAUUUCUUUAAUAUAGAAUUGAACUUGAAAUCACUCAUCUAUUAUGCAAAAAUAUAGAAUAUUACAUGGUCAAAACAUGUAUCCGGCACCAAUAUUCCUGGUUUAGUGGAAAUAAAAAGGAGUAAUGGUCAUUUUACAGAUCUGAAUGCCUCCAUGUGAGAAAGCUAGGGAUAGGGAGCUAUAGGAACUGAUUGAGACACACCCACAUAUAUAUUGUGACACUGUCACACAGUAUCACACAAUAUGCAUGUUUUUAACCACUCUGUGUAAUCAGUUGUGAAGAUUUUAUGUGUUUUAAAAGUUUAACAUUACUUUCUGAUUGUUUAAAAAUAUUUAUGUUCAGUUUUUUGUGUUUGACUAUUUAAACAGUGUACAAUUAUAUGUUUAGGAAACAAAGAUAUAUUAAUAAAAAAAUGUCAAAGUGC